GUCAAACUUCGGAUCAUUAGAUUUGUUUGGUCACAUGACAAGACAGCAACACUUCAAAAUGGCGAACCGACAGAUACGAAAGUGCUGAUAGUUGCUUCAACAGAUAUAUGCAGUGAGAAUGGUGUACAAACGCUCAGAGUACGGACAGCAGUUCAAGGUGUCAAGCCUUGUUAAGAACGUCCCUGUUUAUAAAGAAAAUUUGCAAUACAGACAUCUUCGUCGGGAACGAGAAUGUGCUCACACACCACUGUCAUGGGAUGGAGAAACAAUUGACUCUUCUGAAAGUGAUGAAAAACUUAGCCAAGAUGAGGAAAUAGAAAAACUGCCUAUCUCUGAACUUGUUAUUACUGAGGAGGAUGAAGGGGAAAUUGAAGAGAAUAAAGAUGAAGAUGAUAUAGAUAAAGAGAAAAAGAUUGCAUGGGAAAAAGAUGCUGAGUGUCAAAAGGUCACGGAGAACGAGAAUGAUGUGGUAGUUGUAAAACAGAAUGAGGAGUUGAGAAAGUCUGCAAAAGAAAAACUGAAUAAAUAUUCCAGUAAUGUGAAUAAAGAUCAACCAAGUAAAAGUAAAGUGAUUGGUGAGAAAAAAGUUUUAGGCAAGACAUUUGCUAAACCCAAACAAGCAGAUGAUAAAGUGUUUGUCAGCAAAAUUAAACCACAUCGGCCAGAUAGACAGGGAAAGAUACCAAGAGCGCGUCCUCAAUCAGCUCCCAGUGCGCGACCUUUAGCUCAGGGUGUGGUGACUAUGAAUCCUUUCUACAAUUUUGGAUCUGGUACCAAUGAUGCCUGCACCGGUGAUAAAAAGACAUUUAAUGUCAGAGCCUCAUCAGCUGUCUACCCAGCUGCUCUGAGAGCAAAGAAACGAAAUCUCCUGCUCAUUGAAAAGCAAAUAGAGAGACAGAAGACUGCUUCGGCACGAGAAAAACGAAGAAAGGCCAAAUUUAACGAGAGAAUGGCCAGACAGACAGCUACAUGGGAAACAGAGUAUCAUAGAUGUUUCCCGGCUUACGAUAACACAGAAUAUGCUGUUUCUGAUAAAGACCCAAGAAAAAAGAAAAGUUUCUUUCUGACAUGAAAUUAUUAUGAAAAAAGAGCGCCGAAUGUUGUUUUCUAGAGAACGUAAUUUUUAUUUUCAAUAGAUUCAGUUAGGUAUUGAAGCUAUGUAUAUUUCUUUUGAACGUUUGUCUUUUUUGCAGUUUUUUUUUGGGUGGAAUCAGUAUGUAAUGCAACAGUUGGUUUAGUCUUUCCGGUCAACAUGCAUCUAAAUUUGUGAAGAAGAUUAUGAUUUAUUAAAAUUCAAGUCAGGCAAAAACUGCUAAAUGUACAUAAUAGUUAAGUUGAAAGUUGGUUUCUUCAACUGCUAAUACUACAGUAAGCUGUCAGUAUUUCUCAAUAUUAAGAAUCUCUGUUUAAAAUGCUCAUUAAGACAAUAUAUUAUAUUAAAAAUGAUGAAAAUAUAUCUUCAAAAUUAAUGAGCAAUUAGUCAGUUAUAAAUACCGCACUUCAUCAUUCAAUAAGUACAUGUAUGUUCAUCACAUAAACAGCUACCCAGGAAUGUUAAAAAGCCAUAUUAAAAACAAUAUUACACUAGUGUAAUAACACUUUGAUGUGACAUCAAAAAUAACUGUUUCUUUUUUAACAGUUUACCGUUCUUAUUUUAUAUACGUGAUAAAUAGAAAAAUUAUAUAUGUGUAGAUUCAAUAUUAGAUUUAUUGAACUCGUUGAAUAAAACAAUUUUAUGCUCGCCAGAAGCUGGCAUAAUAUAAUUUUAUUCAACUCGUUCAAUAAAUUCAGUAUUAAACCUACAUGUAUACUCAUUCAAUAUCCUUUAUAUAAUACACCAAACUCACUGCACAUUUAAGGUAAUAUCUUGAAUUUUAGUUAUUUAUGUUUGGGUACAAUUGCAGCCAUUUUUCAUUAUAUCACCAGGCUAGAUUGCACAUCGGUACAAUCUGAUAUGGCAUACUGAUGUUCCUUUGCUCAGUUUUUAUACUUAAAUGUAACAGUCACUGAACAUAACAUGCACAUUUUUACAUUUAAAAAAGGACAAUUUAAAAAAUACAGCAGAUUUCAGGUUAUUAAAGAUAUCUGGAAAAAAAAAACCGGUUAUUAAAGAUAUCUGAAAAAAAAACCAACUGAAGACAGUUGUACACCACACUUAAGGGUGUCUUUUUUUGUUUUGUUUUUUGAGAAACUCAUAGUUUUACAUUUUAGGUUUAUUUUUCUUCAAGAAAAGAUAAUUAAGAUUCAAUUUCAUGAAAAUCAGAACAUAGUUUUCUCAAAGGUACUAUACUGUAUGCAGUGAAAGAUAGUGGAGUAUCAGGAUAAUUGAGCCGCAUCACGACAAAACCAACAUAAUGGGUUUGCGACCAGCAUGGAUCCAGACCAGCCUGCGUAUCCGCGAAGUCUGAUCAGGAUCCAUGCUGUUCGCUAUCAGUUUCUCUACUUGCUAUAGGCUUGUAAGCGAACAGCAUGGAUCCUGAUCAGACUGCGCGGUAGCGCAGGCUGGUCUGGAUCCAUGCUGGUCGCAAUCCCAUUCUGUUGGUUUUGUCAUGACGCGGCUCAUAUGAUUUAAUGAGAUUGAUUUUUGUUUCGUUUUUGAAGUUAACAGCUUGUUUAGUUUUGACAUAAAGAUUGCUUAAAUCUUAUUCAUUUCGUGUUUUAACCCUACUUUUGGCUACAACCAUGUUUUGUUUUUUUUAUCUUAAAAGUAUUUUCACUUGUUAUACUUAUUUUAUAACAUGAUUGUUUUUUUAUGUAAAUUGUAUUUUAAGACUGUCAGAUUUUAGUUUAAAUAAAGAUUUGACAUAUUUCUAGUUAAUGUAUAUGCUAUUUUUUACUCAUAAAAAUCAGACCAGUUUGACUUUUUAAAAAAGUUACACAGACUAGUUUGCUUUACGCAAGCAUUGUUUUAAUUUUGUCUGAUUUAAGAUUUAUCAACCUAGAAACAUUAUUUAAAAGUGUGCAUAAACAAAUUUUGCUAGUCUCUGAAAUUCUGUGAUAAAAUCAUUGUUUUAUUUUUGUUAAACUUUUCGGCUUUUAGGUAAGGUGUGUUGAAUUUUUGUUUUUUCCUAGUGUCGCAAACUCUUUUUGUGGAUAUUUUGAUGAAAAGAACACAUUACAGGUUUUUGGCUUUGGAUUUUAAAGUAAUUAGACAUUUUUGUAGCUUAAUUUAAAAUACAAUUUAUCAAAAUAAGCUUUUGAAUUUCUUUUCCUUUCUUUCUCUCUUUUUUUUUUAAUUUUCAGACUGCCAUAGUAUUUUUAUAAAAGCUAUGCCUAAUAUUCUCAGAGGUGUUUAAUUAAGCAUGUUUCAGGCAAAUAUAUAGCUAGGACUAUAAAAUCAUUGGCUUCAAUCUAAUGAAACAUUUCAGUGAAGAAAUGUUUGUCUACAAAUAUGAUACAUUGGUAAACAAUGAAACAUAAAGGUUUUAAUUCAUGGCCAAGUAGUAAUCAUGCAAAUAGAUAGAAGGAAUUUGACGGUAGAAUAGACUACUCCGGAAUUAAGAAUAUUUGGGUUUUUCCCAGCUAAUAACCUACAUGUAUGUACAAACUUUUACAGUAACAGCUUCGAAAAUAAGCAAACAGGUUGACUAAUCUAUUGUGAUGGGUAGUGCACCAUGAACGUAUAAUGGUAAAAGUUAGUUUGUACCUACAGAUUAGCUGGGAAAAACCCUCUUUACCAAGUACCGGAUAACGUCUAUAUAGUGUAUAGUUUAUUGAAUAUAGCUUUGAUAAACUGCCUUGUUAUACUCAUAAUUUCAUGACAGCAUCAUUGUAUGUAUACACAUUUUAUAAAUUUAAGAAUAAUAAACUCAUUUGAAUGAUAAA